AUGGAUCGAUUGACGAAGAUGAAACAACAAAAAUUACAACGUCUGUCGAACAAACAAAUAACAAGGAAGCUACUGAAGAGAUCAAUCGACGAAGCCAGUGUACGAUUGAUGAGCCGAUCACAGCUGUUAGAAACGUGGGCAACAAUUUUGGCGGACAGCGCUGAUUCUCCAUGCAGUGUUGCGGCGGAGGGCGCUGUGUCGAAAGAUGCUGAAGGUGGAUUGACCUUAUACGAAAGGAAACAGUUAGAAAUGGAGUAUAGGCUUCGAGAAGCGGAGAUUGGUAGACAAAGAGAAAAAGAUGAGAGGGAAUAUAAGUUCAAAGAAGCAGAGAUGGCCAGACAGCGUGAAAGAGAUGAAGCAGAGAUGGCCAGACAGCGUGAAAGAGAUGAAGCAGAGAUGGCCAGACAGCGUGAAAAAGAUGAAGCCGAAUUCAGGCUUAAGAGUCAAGAAUUAGAAAUUCGACGACUAGAGGUAGAAGGUAUGAAUAAUCGAAAAGUGGCCAAUGAUGCUAGUGAGGAUAAUAACACGAUAAAACUAAUGCAACAGACUCGAUUUUUCGCGGAGUCGUUAAAACAUCUGAUAGGAACGUGUCCGUUAGAGCCAAGAGAUAUUCCUGCAUUCUUUGAACACGUAGAGAAAAUUUUUCGAAACUAUCACGUAGACGGAGAAAUUAAAGCCAAUUUGUUGAUAAUGAGUUUGAACGAAAAGGCCAAAACGUGGUUACAUACUAUUUCCGCCGACGGUCUGAAGGAUUAUAGCGAAAUUAAAAGACUCAUUCUGCAGGAGUUCAGGUUAAACCCGACAAAAUUGAGAGAUGAAUUCUUUGUCCUGAGAAGACAGAAAAGCGAAUCGUACACGAGUUUCGGGGCGAAAUUAUACGGCACGCUGAACCACUAUUUUCAAAACCGUAACAUUACGGGAUUAGAAGAUGCAAUGAAAUUGAUAUGUGCAGAUAGAAUGAAAGAGUUGCUAUCAAGACAUACUCUGGAAUUUAUUUUGUCACAAGAGCAAGCAGCUUCCUGGAUGAGUCCUGACGUGUUGGCACAAACGAUCGACAAAUAUGAAACUGAACAUGAAAAAAAUGAGCACCAGAUGUAUAGAAGUAGCAACAACAAAUCAGCUUCACCCAAACAAACCUGCUUUUCUUGCGGGAAGAUUGGUCAUAUUGCAAAGCACUGUACAUGGAAAAAUAGAAUUACACCUACGGCCACUAGAAACGUCAUGCGCUGUGAGACGGACAAAAAAACGCAGAGACCAGUUGAAAUCGAAUCACCAAUAAGAACAAAGGAAGUUGUCAUUGAAGCAAACAAAUUUUAUGAUCGCAAGUACAUCGAAGUAAAUAUUAACGACGAGAUUGAUCAAAAGGCGUUAAUUGAUAGUGGAUCAGAAAUAUGCUGCAUCAGUGAAGAGAUCAGCUACCAGUUAAAAUUACAGCCGGUAGACACUAUAGCAAUAAAGGGAAUUGGACAACAUUUCGACCAUACGAAAGGUGUAUGGAUUCAGAUCAAACCUACUUGUAAGGAUAAGACACAAACAAAUAUUGCGCCAGUAGUGAAGAUAUAUUGCGCAAUUGUUCCCAAACUUUGUGAAGGGCUAUUAUUAACUCCAAGUGUCGUUGACUUGAUCGAGGAGAUGAAAUUCUAUGACGUCCCGAUUCCACAAACAAACCUGUCAGAAAUUGAUGAAUCAAUGAAGCUGCAAAAGAUGCAGGAUUCGGCAAGUAAGAGAAACGAAUUAACCUGCGAUAACCCGGUGGUUGACAAAACCGAACAAGUAAAUCCAGUGACCGUCGAAGUCAAACUAGUUGAAAGGGAAAUAGGGAAGUCGGUAAAUGAAGCAAAAGUGAAGAGACAAGAUCCGACGUCUGACGUAGAAGAAUCAACCGACGAAGACCAGGAAGUUGACAAACCCGAUUUAGAAGAGACGGGAAGUAGGGAUAGCGCGGUUGCUGAAAAAUCAACACUCCUUGAAGAACAACUAGCGUGUGAAUCAUUAAAAAGGCGUUGGAGGUAUGUAAUGGAAAUUGUUCCAUUACAUGAUCACGUGGAAUAA